GGUCUCAAUUGUUGUUCUCGUUUGAUCCCAAUGGGGCAAAAUGACGUUUUGUAAAAUUAUAAAUUGUACGACGUCUGUAACCUGUAUUUAGUGUAGUGUCAUUCUAAAAAAGUGGAUAAAAAACGCAAUAAAUCUAUUGAAACGAAAAAGUGGACGAUGUAUGACAUGGUCAUGCUCAAUUUCUUUACUGUAGCAAUAAAUCGUACUUGUAGACAAAUCUAAAUAGAAGCGAUCAGAAUGGAUGAACGGAGGGUUGCCGAUUAUUUUGUGGUGGCUGGUUUGCCUGAGAAACCUGAACUUCUGGAUGACUCUGACUCUGGACACCUCAAAGGGUACAGCACUAAACCACCAAUCACUGAUAUAGGCGUAAUAUUCCCCGGUCUUGGCGAGACGGUGCCCAAUGGCUACGAACUCAUGGAACUGACGCCGACAGGGCUACCGGCUGACCUGAACCAUGGAUCCAUGAGAUCACCAGAAUGUUUCCUUUGCAUACGGAGGGGACGGGAUCGGCCGCCGCUUGUGGAUAUUGGCGUCAUGUACGACGGCAAAGAACGCCUAAUGGCGGACGCCGAAAUGGUUCUGGUGUCGGUUGGCGGUCGCCUGGCCAACGUGAACAAUUCGACCGCCAAAACCUUCAUAACCUACCGCCGGGCGCACCCUACAGCGCCGUGUAACGCACUCGUGGUUGUCGAUGUGUGCGUCAUCGUGGCAAGUAAAGGAGAGUGUCCACCGCAUGCUUUUUGCAUGAUCGCCAAGAAUCUGAAUAAAGGUUUAAUGGGCAGCGAUGUUUUUCUGUGUUAUAAGAAGUCGAUGAACCGUCCUCCUCUAAUAUCAUACAAGCCAGAAGUUUUAUUUAGGUAUCCAACAAUAGACCGCCGCAGUCUAGCUUUCCCCACCUCGGUGCCGCUUUUCUGCCUCCCCAUGGGAGCGACCCUGGAACUGUGGCCCAACAACGCUGCCACGCCUAAGCCUGUGUUCUCAACCUUCGUGUUGACGGUUGCUGAUGCUACAGACAAGGUGUACGGUUCAGCAGUGACAUUCUACGAAAGCUACCCUCACACGCAGCUUACCGAAUCACAAAUGGAGAUGCUAGGAUGGCGCGCUAAUGUGUCUCAUAGUACACAUUCGACGCAUAUCAACAAAUGCGUCUGUUUGCUGUCGCGAUGGCCCUUCAGUGACACUUUCGAGCGGUGGCUGCUGUACAUACUCGAAAUGUCAUGGAGUAAACAACCGCUAACGAUACCAAUCGAGCGGUAUAUCACACAUUUAUUAGAAGAGGUGCCAUUCCCUGAGCCUAGGAUUUUACUACAGCUGUCGCCAACAAACGCCCACGACCGAGUCAUAGUGACGCGAAGGGACGACCAACCGCUAGUGAGGAGCGGCGCGGGCUUCAGGCAACUGCUUCUCAACUUGGGGCCGGACAACUGCCUGCUGCUACUAGCGUUGGCCAUCACGGAGCAGAAGAUAUUGAUACACUCGCUGCGGCCAGACACAUUAACAGCUGUAUCGGAAGCGGUGUCAAGUUUAUUGUUUCCCUUCAAAUGGCAGUGCCCAUACAUACCGUUAUGUCCAUUAGGUCUGGCAGAAGUGUUGCAUGCACCUCUGCCAUAUUUAAUAGGCGUCGACUCAAGGUUUUUCGACCUUUACGAACCCCCGCCAGAUGUGACGUGUGUCGAUUUAGACACAAAUAACAUCACAAUUUGCGAAUCACAACGGCAUAUAUCGAUAAAAUUAUUACCGAAACGGCAAGCGAGAUUUCUAAGACAAACAUUAGAAGUUUUAUAUGGCAGCAUACGACCGGCAUCACCUAUACACCAUUCUAGUGAUAGUAAAUUCAAUGGAGAACCCACUACAAGUUUAGAUAGAGACUUCCAAAGAAGGAAAAAAGAGCAAGCAUUAGAGUUGAAAAUCCAAGAAGCGUUUCUUCGGUUUAUGGCGGUAACGCUACAAGGGUACCGCAGCUACCUCAUCCCCAUCACGAAGGCACCGACUGUGGGCACUACGGACCCCCACGCGCUGUUUCAUAUGGACGCGUUCCUUAGAUCGAGGGAUAAGACACACCAACGUUUCUUCGCGCUAAUGAUGCGAACGCAAAUGUUCACGCGUUUCAUCGAAGAACGUUCGUUCGUUUGCGACGUCGAUCAAGGUCUAACGUUCUUCGACGAGUGCAUCGAACGCGUGGCGGCAGGAGACGAGCCUUUACUAGGAAUGGACAAUACGAAUACGUCUGAACGGACCGUGUUUGUGUUACCGCCUGAUCCGCCUGACCCUGACGAAGUAUACACUUACGAGAAAUUCGAAUUGGACAACGCUCUCGUGGCCAAAUGUAGGAGUCGGACCAGGAGCGGUGCGGUGCAAAGCUUACCAGCGGCCGCGCUCGCUUCGGCCGAGUCGUUAGCGGACGCUUCACCUAUGGCGAGGCGGACGAAACACGAAAUAGCUGCUGCACAGAGGUUGGCCCGCAAAGCAAGUUUAUCACCCGAGGCGUGGGCUAAGUGUCUCCUAGGCGCUUGCUACUCGCUUUACUUCCUAGCGUUACCGUGUCGUCUACAACUGAGCCGUGGGAAGGAGCACGCGACUUUGCGGGCCGCCUUCGAACUACUGGAGCGGGCUACGAAACUGAGGGUGCCUUGUGACGAGGUCUGCUACCGCGUGAUGAUGCAGCUGUGCGGUAUUCACUCGCUACCAGUGUUGGCUGUACAACUCCUGUUUCUAAUGAAGCGCGCUGGAUUACAACCUAACGCGCUCACCUAUGGAUACUACAACCGCUGUGUGUUAGAGGCUACGUGGCCUAAGGAUAUGCCCAGCGGUUCUCAGCUACUCUGGAACAAGCUUCGUAUAGCAGUGAUGGGAGCGGCGUUGUUCCGCAAAGCGGGCGCGCAACGGGCCAGCCGCGCUGCCAGUGCCGGGCUUAGCACGACGUCUGCAGGCAGUGGCACGUUACCUCGCGUACGUUCGGCAGCGGCAGUAGGCGAGGGCGGCGAAUUGUCCGCUCUGGCGGGACUGGCAGCGUGCGAGCCCGCUCUCAGUCGGACUAGCUUGGACUCGGGGCGGGAACAGGAGGCGCGUUCCACUGCGUUCGAAGCGCUGAUCCGUCGCGGGAACAUCGUGCGCGCCACGCCGGCCCGACCGCACGUGCCAGCUAUGUCCACCGCGGCAGGGAUCCUCAUCACAGGAAUGCCCUCAAACCCCGACUUGACUGAAACAGCAAGACCCCGAAGUAACUCUUUAGGCAACGAAGACACUAGCAGUACACCGUUAACUAUUUCUGAAAAGAGACAGACCAUACACGUUAGUCCGGACAGUCCGUCAGAUUUGAGAAUCCUAACAAGGUCAGAGAGUUUCGCUGGCGAUGCACAGAUUAUACAGAAUCUACAGAGGCUAUCAUUCGGUGGAGUGUCAAAUCCAAAAUCGCGGUGCACGCGAGCCCUCAGUUUCCCCGAGGAGCCCGACAAAGAGGCAGCUGCGACUGAGUCAUUAGAAGCGAAGACAUCACCAUUGAAACUAUCGCCUAGAACUCCAGUGCUAUCAGACGACCCACUUGGCGCGCUCGCCGAGCCAGUUCUCGAGCCCAUCCCCCCGCCCCCUUCAGAAGAACCUCAAGCCCCUCGCCACGAGUUCAGCGUCAGCCCGAAGCUGUUCCAUCGCAGAAGCAACUCGUUCCAGGACGACCCGCCUGAGGACCAUCAAGGGAAACUGCACAGAAGUGAGACGGCGCCAGGCGGGACGGUGUCUUCUAGUCUUGCAAGCUUAGGGAACACUUUGAAGAUUAGUUUCGGACGCUAUUCGCCUGCCCGCCUCUCGUUGCGCAAGGAUAACAUGAAAAUCGGCAAGGCUAUCGAGACGUACUUCAGCCCGACAAGUAUAGCUGGUAAGAAGUCAAACGAGCUUCUUCAAAGCGGCCUCAGCAGUCUCAAAUCCGCCGCAACGAGUAUGGCCAAAAAGUUUGAUGAGAUGAAAGAAGUAAUAUCGGCCAACUCGACGCCAGUUAAGGGCGCUAUUGGCAACGCUACUAGCGCUCUGAGCAGUCUAAUAGCGGAGGAGGACUCGACUGACGGCUCUUCGGAGAUUAAUCCUGAUGAGUGGGUCGGAGGUAUCGGGUUCCGACGCGCGUCCAGCGACGCCGAGCUAGCGUGCUCUAUGGAGAGAGGCUCGCUCGCCACGCUGCUGUCGCAUCUGCCCGACAACCUCUAUCCACCUAAUAACGUGAGUAUUCUACCACACACUAUGUAAGCUAAUGCUACUGUGACGUCAUUAUCUUCCUCUAGCUUCUGUGACGUCACUAUCUCGCUGUUAUACGACGAAGACAUUAUGGCGGGCUGGGCGGCCGACGACUCCAAUCUCAACACGCGUUGUACUGCGUGCGGGCGUCAUACGGUGCCACUGCUGUCUGUACAGAUCGUCCGAACAAAUCAAACACAAGCAGAAAUACUUAGCGUGCCUUAUCUAAACCCCUUGGUGUUGCGGAAAGAGUUCGAAUCAAUAUUAAGUAGAGAAGGAGAUACGUGUCUAGCGGAGCCAGAGUUCGUAGAAUCGCAUCCGAUUGUGUAUUGGAAUCUGGUGUGGUUCUUGGAUCGUGCCAACAUCGAAAACCACCUGCCUGACCUCCUAUGUCCAGAUUUCCAGGCCAAAUAUUUGAGCUUGGACGCUCUUACGGAGACUGAUAAAGUUGGUGGUGUAGUGCGUUGUAGCUGGGAUGUAGCUCGUCUUCACGGUGAAGCGGGAGCGGCGCUGCACCGCGCGUGGCGAGCUCGCCGCGCUGACCAUCAGCGCUCGCGAGCGCUGCAAGCGCUACUGCUUACUGAGCGAGACACCUCCGCUGCCAACUCUGUGAUAUUAGCAUUACUGGACGGUCUGCUGAGCAACGACUUGACGGAGGCGCUACAGAAGCUAGCGACGUGGCGGGAGAAUACAUCGGGCAACAAACGCUUCCAUUCUUAUUACAGAGACAUCCUAUUCCUCGCGAUGGCAGCUCUCGGCGAGAAUAACAUCGACCUCAUAGCUCUCCAGAAGGAAUACACACGAGCACUUGAACAGUUGGGAGGAGAGGCGCGUCCUCACGACCUCCCACCGUCCCCUACGGCCGUCUGCUGUCGUCACUACUUCAAGCGGCUGAGGCUAGACUUCGAGGACUAAGCAUCACCUACGGAGCGAUUUUGACACUUACUGACUAGUCUUAAGAUUGAAAAUAAUACCUACGGCCGUCUGUUGUCGUCACUACUUCAAGCGGCUGAGGCUAGACUUUGAGGACUAAACAUCACCUGCGGAGCAACUUUGACACUUACGAGCUAGUCUUAAGGUUGAAAAACAGUUGGGAGGAGAAGCUCGUCCUCACGACCUCCCUCCGUCCCCUACGGCCGUCUGUUGUCGUCACUACUUCAAGCGGUUGAGGCUAGACUUUGAGGAUUAAAUCACCUACGGAGCAAUUUUGACACUUAUUGACUAGUCUUAAGAUUGAAAAUAAUACCUACGGCCGUCUGUUGUCGUCACUACUUCAAGCGGUUGAGGCUAGCCUUGGAAGACUAAUCACCUGCCGAGCAACUUUGACACUUAUUGACUAGUCUUAAGGUUGAAAAUAAUACAGAACAGUUGGGAGGCGACUUCCCGCCCUCUCAUAUGGCCGUCUGUUGUCGUCACUACUUCAAGCGGCUGAGGCUAGACUUCGAGGACUAAGCAUCACCUGCGGAGCAAUUUUGACUCUUACUGACUAGUCUUAAGGUUGAAAAACAGUUGGGAGGAGAAGCUCGUCCUCACGACCUCCCUCCGUCCCCUACGGCCGUCUGUUGUCGUCACUACUUCAAGCGGCUGAGGCUAGACUUCGAGGACUAAGCAUCAUUUGCGGUGCAACUUUGACACUUACUGACUAGUCUUAAGGUUGAAAAUAAUACAUAACAGUUGGGAAGCGACUUAGCCCGCAUAUGGCAGUCUACUGUCGUCACUACUUCAAGCGGCUGAGGCUAGACUUCGAGGACUAAGCAUCACCUGCGGAGCAACUUUGACACUUAUUGACUAGUCUUAAGGUUGAAAAGGCAAUUUCAUCCUCUGGCUUAUAAGACAACAUUCGCGCUCUAUAACAGCUGGAAGAAAGGACUAGACUAAGCAUCACCUGCGGUAGCGACUUUGACACUUACUGACUAGUCUUAAGGUUGAGAAAAGCAAUUUCAUCCUCUGGCUUAUAAAACUUAACACCUACGCUUUAGAACAAGACAACGAUGUAUUGAACUUCUUCGGCCACAUAUUGAUAAUUCAAAUUCUCUAUAUAGCACAUCUUCGUUGUUAAAUCAUGACAGCGAAACUCGCUGCCAAGAUUUCGUGGUAGAAGUGUGUUACCGCCAUCAAUAGUGAGACCUUUGGGCACUACUACACGUCUAUUCUUCGGUACCAAACCCAAUAUUUGUUAUUUCGAGCAGCGUAUAGUCAUUCUCUGUUUACGGAAUGAUGUAAUGUCAAUGGCAACUAACACUUGGUUUGAUUGUAAUUACAUAGUUAUUUUCUUCUAGAGAAAUGUUCUUAGGAAGUCUCAUUUCACUUAUCAAGUGGAAAUGAAGACAAAAACUCGUAAGCAUUACGAUUGUUCCUAAUCUGCCCUGAUUUGUCCCACUUCAAUUUGCAAGUCAAUAUAAGUUCUUGAAUACAUUUCUCUGAAACUUUACGAACAUAAAAAUGUCUAUAGUCUUAAUAAUUUUCUCUGAAAACUGUAUUCUAUUUGUCCAUAAAUAGUUAUACUAAAUUUAAUUACCACUAUUGUGAUCGAUUUAGUUGCCUAAUAUAAAGAACAACAUUUGCACGAAAUAAAAAAUCACUUCAAGGACCUGAUCCCAAUUCUGUUCUCGCGGACUUAAAUAUGUUAUUUUGAAUAAUAUUGGAUGUAUAAAAUCUUUUUAUAUAAUAAAAUACAAUACUUAGCAAUAAAUCACUAUUUCAAUCUAUAUGUACUGUUAUAUCUAGAGAAUGUAAUGUAUCUAAUAAUAUCCAUUUAUAAAUAUUUAUUCAAUAAUGUAAGACAAGCACGUUUUAUAUCCUAGAGUGCAUACAAUAAUGGACGAAUUACUACUUCGAUGACUAUAAUGUUAGGUGCAAUGUGAUUUAAAUUUCUCGAACAGUAUUUAACUAUUAGCUUAGAAAAUGUUUGCAUUUUGGAAAUAAAUUACCACCGUCCACGUCUAUAGUCCAAUGCAAAAAUCAGUCGAAUUUCACGCCCGUCCAACCCGGGGACAUUAUUUACAGUCAGCGACAAAUAGAUCGUGACACCUAAAGUAGCAAAUAAGUCCGCAACACGUCUUUGUUACUAUUGGAAUAAGGUUGUGUUGUCAACUUUUUGGCCUCUUUGGGUGUCACAAACUAUUCGACGCUGACUGUAACAACUGCAGUAUUUAUGCGUGUUUAUUUUAAAAUACCAGCAAGACGGUCUAUCAUGAGAGUUGAACAUUUAAACGGCUAUACUUAUUUUAAUUAAUAAAUUGCAAUAUCUCAUGUAUCAAACCACCUCUUUUGGUGUUUAAUAAAUUAGAUUGUAAGAUCAACUGUAUGUGUGCAAAUUUUAUCUUUGAUUAUAUUGGAGGUUGUCCUUAUGGCGCAGUUACACUGUGCGGGAAAUUAAUUGAACAGAAGCGCUAGCACGCACCCCGAAGUAUGGGCGACGAUACGGCGAAACUAACUGAUGUGCAUGUUUACACUUUACGAUUCGAUCAAUUUCCCACAUAAUGUAACGGCGCCAUUAUUGUAAACGUAAUUCAUAACCCAUGGCAUGGCCUAAUUCUAAUUAAUUAUGCCCCAAAAAAUAGGCUUUUUAAGAUCGACAUUCACAUUUUUGCAUAUCCAUUAGAUUAGGAAUGUGGGUGCUAAACGCUAUUUAGUGUGGAUUGUAACGACGCGAGUGUACAUAUUAAUGUUGUAUAGAAUAGGAUAAGCGCCACCGAUGGCAAUGUUCAGAAUUAUAUAGGUUUUGUGUGAUCUUAGUACACGUUUGAAUUCGUAAACGAAUGUUACUUAGCGUUUAUGAUUGUGUUCUUCACAAAGUCACAUUAUUUAUGUCGUGUAUGUCAGUUAUUUGAGUCCAUUCCAAUACAUAUUAUUUAUUUUGUUUUUCUACUCUAAAAUCAUGUUUUGUGAUCAAAAUUUUGCAAUUUUAAAUUAACCUUUUGUAAGACAAAUAAUAAUGUGACUGCCAAAAUUCAAAAGUAUUUAGUAGAUGUGUCAACACUAUCAUGUAACUAUAGAAUAUGAUAAAAUCAUAAUCAAAUAAAAUCAAUUUUUAUUAUUUAUGGUUAUCAACCGUUGUAAAACAUUAUUUUGUGUUAUUUUUUAAAUAUUAUCUAAUACGUAAGGCCAUCGAUGGUCGUAACUGUUAGUGAGAACUGGCCUAUGUUUUUUAAAAUUUGUAUUAGCAUAUUAUGCAUCUCUAUGCAUCUUUACUUGAAACGUGAAGUUACAAUACUUCGUUUUUUCUUACUAAUACUUUAUCUGAAAUAAUGAUGCAAACAUGUUGUAAAUGAUGAAGAUCUAGGAGAAAGCCAUUGUCCUUUCCAUAAGGCUUAGUAUUCACUACGGAACCAAUUUCCCGCUACACGUG